AUGCUGUUUUUCAGGCUCCCAAAUUAUGCUUACGAAGAGAGAGUUCGGUACAGUGGAACUACUAGCAGAGAUUAUUUUGGUGCUGUAGGAAGAGCUUUGAGGGCAACUCCAUCUAGAUCGAUGAAGAAACCUGGUCUAAAAGAAGAUGGCCAAUUGGGGGAAUUGUCAACCGAAAGACGUCUGAAAUCUGACAUUCACUCAUCACCGUUGCAGCUAGCGGAUAAGUCCCCAUCAUCGAGCACUGAUUGGAGACGCUUCACUAGAUCUGAUGUAAGGCAGAGUUUUGAUUUUGAAGAAUCAGCACAGCGAAGUGGUGCUUUGCCAGAUGCAAAGGGGUACUCUUGUAAGGAAGGCAGGGAAAGUCGUGAGUUGGUCAUGGACAUGCUUCUUGGAGAAGAGCAUUCACAGGCUGGGGCAGAUAAUUUAUCUGUUUCUUCACCUUUUAUGAGAAAUGGUCAUUUAUCAAACAGUUUCAAGUUAAUACCAACAGCAGCGCCACUGUGA